UUAGUUACCUUCGGUUAUUUGACUACACUAACAGUCAUGAUACUUAUUUCAAACAAAGAGUACAUUCUUAUGUAGAUACGUUACUCACACUGUAAAUGAGAAUACUACGAUUAUCCGAAAAUACCUGUAAUGUGCCGAUGUACAAGAAUUUAUAUUUUCGUUGCUAUUAUAAUGCGUCACGUAAGAACUGAAGAUACGUUGGGUAACAUAGAGCAACAUCCAGCGUGGAAUAUAAUAGACAAAUUCGAGUGCGGCUUUAGUGCAUCUGACCGAAUCAUCGGAGGUAUGAAUGCAGCUCUAGGGCAGUUUCCAUGGAUAACACGGUUGGGCUAUUACACAUCUGGCGAGAAGGAACCUGGCUGGUUAUGUGGUGGCGCUCUCAUAACCGACCGCUACGUCCUCACAGCAGCUCACUGCGUAAAGAACAUUGCAGAAGAUUCUGAAUUGUCAUUAGUUCGAAUAGGAGAAUAUAACACGAUGACAAAUCCAGAUUGUCAAUUGUACCUAUGUGCUCCUCCAGUACAAGACAGAAAGAUUAAAAAAGUUAUACCACACCCGAGUUACGACAAACCGCCGUUCCACAAUGAUCUGGCCAUGAUUUUGCUGGAUAAGCCUGUGGAAAUUAAUGAUUACGUUUUACCAAUUUGCUUGCCUCGUAGUCACCGAUAUUGUAAUGCUGAGUUAAACGAAUUUGUAACCGUAGCUGGCUGGGGUAAAACGAACAUGACCACUGAAGCGAAAGCUAAAAUAUUGCAAUAUGUCUCGAUGCCAAUAGUGAAAGCUGAGUCUUGUGACUCUUUCGGAAAAGGAUUCAAAUUAGCUGUUUCGCAAAUCUGUGCCGGAGGUCAGCGAAACAAAGACGCUUGCGUCGGUGACUCAGGAGGGCCUUUAAUGAAAGUUUUUGACACACCAGAUGGACCGAAAAACUUCUUGAUGGGCGUUGUGUCGUUCGGUCCAACCAUCUGUGGUAUUAAAAAACCUGGUGUCUAUACUUCUAUCCCCUAUUAUCUUAAAUGGAUAUUGAAUAACGUUAUAUCGUGAUUUACGUGUCUGUAAAAUAAAAUUUCUAUGUUA